AUCCCAUUACCAAUCGCAAAUACCGCAAAAAAAUGGCAGAAUCAAAGGCAAUACAACUCAUCUUCUCCACAAUCUUCAUCUUUGCUUUUCUACUUACCUCAUCCCAUCCUUCCCUUCUUCCAUUCAUCGACCCUUUUGGGAUUCUGGAACAAACCCCAUUUGGAUUACUCGAAAACGAAAACAAAGAUGUUCUGCAACAACAACCACUCCCGCCGGCUAGAGUUGACUGGAAAGAGACCGCGGAGAGUCACGAGAUCAUGGUGGAUGUGCCGGGAAUGAACAAGGAGGAGCUGAAGAUUGAAUUAGACGAAGAAAACAGGGUUCUGAAAGUGAUAGGAGAGAGGAAAAGAGAAGAGGAGAAACAGAGUGAUCAUUGGCAUAGAUUGGAACGAAGCUAUGGAAAAUUCUGGAGGCAAUUGCGGUUGCCCGUUAAUGCGGAUUUGGAGUCCGUUAAAGCAAAGCUUGAGAAUGGGGUUCUUAAGAUCAGUUUGUUGAAGCUUUCGCAGGAGAAGAUUAAGGGUCCGAGAGUGGUGGGGAUUUUGGAUGAACAACCGCCGGCGGGAGAGAUGAACAAAUCCGGUGCGGCCAAGCAGGAGUUGUGAGAGAUCAAUUUUCUUGUCGUUAUGUGUUGUGAUGGUUAAUGUUAUCUUAAUGCAGUUUUAUAUGUGAAUUAAUAAUGUAGUUUAUGUUUAUGUUGACGGACUAAGAAUUGAAUAACACUACUUUUUGUGAAA